GCAAGAGCGGGGAGAGAGCAGGCUGCUUGGAGCGGCUCGGGCAAGGGGGCGAUCCGCUGAUGCUUCUCCGCUUUUGACAAUUCAACAAAUGGGAGCCCCCAUCCAUCCGCUGUGCAGAGUGAUGGGAUUGACUACCAGAAAGAACGACUCGGGAGGAUUUGCAGGGGCAGUUUUUCCUCUAAGCGAUUGAAUCUGUUUUUCGCCCACGACUGUAAAUGGUGGGCGCCGCUGCCGAUGCUGGAACCGCUUUUUAAACUGGGGGAUCGUCAAGCGGAAAUCCAGCAUUAGCUGACAAAGACACGUUUUCGGAGGCAGUUUUAGACCGUUCGGCGACAAGCGGAAUCGGUGUUCGGUCGGUAAAGUGUUUCGUCCGUUGCGCAUCCAUUAACUGUAGCAAGUUUGCGAGAGACUGGGCAUAUUCGUUAUGUCUCUACUGGUGGCUGGUCCCGACAAAAAUAAAUACGAUCAAAUACCUUUACAGUAUUUACAGUAAAUGAAGUAAAAAUAAUAUUAUACAGCGCAACUUAAUUAUCUUAAGUGAGAGCAUCCGUAUGGUCAUCAGGUUUUGGUGGAAUCUUCAUAGGGUCUUGAUUGAUAUAUUCCUUAUAAAUAGUGCUUUAAUUAAAUAAAACUUCUUAUCUUCACUCACACAUAUUGUGGGUCGUGUCUUGCUAAUUAGCGUGUUUAUACAGUAUAACAUUAUUGCAGUUGGAAAAGAAGUAUGCGUUACUUUCCGCAAACAUGUAACAAUUUUGUUUGAAAUAAGUUUCGCAUCAAGAGAAUUCCGUUACAUAAAAUGGCGCAGAAAUGGUGUUUAUAGGCACCGAUCGCGUAUGUUAUGGAGCUUCAAAUGGAUGUAUUUUGGUGGAGGUGGGAGAAUAACUCGUAUGCGUGAAGUGUGGUGCAGAAUCGCCUAACAGCAGCCCCUCUCUUCGGAUCAGCAGGUCGGCAUAGAAAGAGUUUCGCGUGUAGCUCGGGCGGAUGAACAACUCGGCUUUACUUUUUCCUAGUAGUGUAAUUCAGUAAUGGCCAGGUUCCGUAAGAAAGCCUGCGUGGCUCUUUUUCUGUUUACGCUGUUCAUUUUCGGCACUAUGAUGGGUCUGAGAACACUGAAGCCCAGCGACGGCUUCUCUGACCUGGCACCAGGGCUGGAUCUCAUGCCGAUGGUCGGCGAUAGGAUGGAGCGGCGCUCGGCGUCCAAGGACGUGGUGGUCUCGCCGGGUCAGGUCGGAGCUGCAAGCAAUACUAAAGUCGUCCUCCGCAAUGCCGACCAGGAGAGAAACAUAUUCUACGACGUUCACAUAUUUUACUACGUGUGGUAUGGAAACCCUCAGAUCGAUGGGAAAUACAUCCACUGGGACCACGUUCUCGUGCCACACUGGGACCCUAAGAUUGCGGCCAGUUAUCCGAAAGGACGCCACACGCCUCCGGAGGACAUCGGCUCCAGUUUCUACCCAGAGCUGGGACCUUACAGCUCGAGGGACCCGGCCGUGCUGGAGUCGCACAUGAAGCAGCUAGGAGCUGCGGCAGCAGGGGUUCUGGUGCUGUCCUGGUACCCGCCGGGGCUAGCAGACGACAACGGGGAACCGAUGGAGGACCUGGUACCUGCUAUCAUGGAUGCGGCUCACAGACACAGCAUUAAGGUGGCCUUCCACAUCCAGCCUUACAAAGGACGGACGGACCACACCGUCCACGAGAACGUCAAGUACAUCAUCGACAAGUAUGGGAAUCAUGGGGCCUUCUACCGAUUCAAGACCAGCACAGGCAAGAUCCUGCCCAUGUUCUACAUCUACGACUCGUACCUGACGACACCAGAGUCCUGGGCCAACUUGCUGACUCCCUCGGGCUCACACAGCCUGAGGGGCGGGGCCUACGAUGGGGUCUAUAUUGGGCUUUUGGUGGAGGAGCGCCACAAGCAUGACAUUCUGGCCAGUGGCUUCGAUGGCAUGUACACCUAUUUUGCCUCCAAUGGCUUCUCCUUCGGCUCGUCUCACCAGAACUGGAAGGCAGCAAAGGCCUUCUGUGACAGCAACAACCUGCUAUUUGUGCCCAGCGCCGGGCCGGGCUACAUCGACACUAGUGUGCGGCCAUGGAACAACCACAACACCCGCAACCGAGUCAACGGGCGCUACUACGAGACGGCCCUGCAGGCUGCGCUUUCUGUGCGGCCUGAGAUUGUCACCAUCACCUCCUUCAACGAGUGGCACGAGGGCACACAGAUCGAGCGGGCUGUACCCAAAAAGACGGUCUCUCGCCACUACCUGGACUACCAGCCACACAGACCCGACCUUUACCUAGAGGUCACCCGCAAAUGGGCCGAGGAGUUCAACAAAGAGAAGGAGCAGUGGCUCAUGUGAGGGUUGUCCGGCUGAUGCACACAUCACCAGGGCCUGGGUGUUCCUUCCAAACAUGCUGAUGUUCAGACUUCAGAUCUCAAGUCCUCCUUGAUAGACGUCGAUUCACAUGACUUGUUGGGAGGUCGUUGGCGACUUCCAGGAAACUCCCAUUCCUCCUUGGAAACUUCCUAUUUGCACCAGAUUAUUCAGACAUCCUCCAUCUCUAAAACAUGCCAAAUCUGGGACUUAGCAGCUCCUGCUUGCCCAGUCUUUCCAUAAUGAGUCAGAAGGUUCCAGACCAGAGACAAAUCUUGCUCUUGUUCUGAUCUUUUGGACCACACCUUGCACCCUGUGCUCUGCCAGAACCUUCCCUGGUUCCCUCCCUCCAGCUUCUGAAACAGUAACUAUACGCAGAGAAACCGCUCUGAAUGGGGGUGGGGAACCACGUGACUAACAAUACUCCAUUCUGCCACCCUGCCUCUCCUUCAAUCCCAAAGAGUGAAACUGCAGAACAACAUACCCCCCUCAGUCACAGCGGCCCCCAGCAUCAAAUAAAAUCUCUCUCCCGAUACUUAUUGAGACAUUUCACCACUCUCCACCAUGUCAGCCAUGCUGCUCUGGGAGCAACAGCUGGAAUGAGGAUACUUACAUCUGCCAAGACGGAAACGCAUACGGCUGUGACCUCUGAUAAGUAUCUGUUUAACCCUCCGAUGUGAUCUCUAUCACUGACACUAGAAGUAAUUAAUUUGAUUGCAAAGCAAUCCCUGGAAUCAGUCUGCACAGCCUGAAAUGGGCAAGGUUCCUUUAUAUGCUCCUGCAGGUAACAAACCACUUUCAGAAUGCCUGGUCACACAGUCAGUCUUCUUCAGAGCAAUGAACUUCUAUUUUUUUCCCCCCCUUCCAGGCAGAGACCUUAAUUUUCACCUUCAGGUUAAUUGUCAAGCAGAUGCUUUUGUCAAAAAGUCAAGUACAAGUGAGCAAAGUCUUGGGUCAGUAACCAGGGUCAGCCAACAUCCCUGGGCAGUUGGGGUUAAGGGUCUUGCUCAAGGGCCCAGCGGUGAUCUGAUGACUCUGCUGGCCAUGACCUUUCAAACAUGGACAUGGAUUCUGGACCUGCUGAGCUGUACCCCAGCCAUUUGAGAAUGACAGCCAGAGAAACAGGAAGCACCUUCUAACUCAGCCAGUCCCUGUCAGUCUCUGCUGAAUAGAUGGACCAGAAAAAAAAGCAACAACAAACUCAAUCACAUUUAAUUCGGAUUUUUUAGGUUUGAGUUAAAAAUGACCCAGAUCUUCAAGGGUGGGAGAAUAAUGCAGAGGAUAGCUUUGGGGUGUUUAGGGAAGGUGUUCGGAACAUGCUGAACACACUGUCUUUGCUUGUCAACGGGUGGAUGGAGAGGAUCGUUUUUCUGCUGUGUCACCUUUUCCAGAGGGGCAGGAAGCCCCAGCAGGAGUAAUAGAAGCUUUUGUCUACAGU